AUGGGAGAGGAGAACCCGUGGACGAUCGCGGGCGGCGUGCGCAUCGCGGGCGCGCGGAGGAAGACCGCGUCGGGAAGCGACGCGAGCGUGCGCGCGUCGCUUCGCGUCUCCUUGGAUUCAUCAUCGUUCGCGUCGAGUGGGUCGCCGAUCGACGCGUCCGAUGAUGCCAUCAACAUCAUCGCCGCCGUCUCCGCGUCGUCGCCGCUUCGGACGCUCGUCCCGGGGAACGUCUCGCUGCACCGCGCCGCGGAGGCGGAGCUCGCGGCGAGGAAAGCGCGCGACAUCGCGGGCGCGGGCGCGAGCGGUCGGGGACGGGGACGGCAGCGCGCGGCGUUCGAGGGACGCGCGAAGAAGGCGCCGAGCGCGGAGGAGGCGAUCGUGACCAACGAAUCGCCUCCGCGUCGAACGCGCGACGCCGACGCCGCGGAUGCGCCCCCGCCGUCGCCGCCGCCGCCGCCGUCGCCCGGGUUGUUCCGCGUCGCGUCGCUGCCGCCGCCGCCGUCGCCGACCAGCGAGGCGCGCGCGCGCGUCGCGCGGCGGAGGCACCGCAAGCGACUCGCGCAGAUCGUCGUCGGGCAGGCGCGUCCCAACUCGCACUGGUCCCCGUACGACCCCGUUCGCGAUGUGAACGCCGGUCCUUAA